UGCAGGCGGCUGCCACUUGUCUCAUUUAGAAAACUCUCUUACAAUUUCUCUGAUGUAUCUUUUAGACCCUACGAUGAGUACUGGCGAGAGAUGCGAAAGAUCAGCAUCGUUGAGCUGCUUAGCACGAAAAGAGUGCAAUCCUUUCGAGACGUUCGAGAGGAGGAAGUCGCGAAAAUGCUUGUUUCGAUUUCUUCAUCCUCUUCAUGUGUAGAACAUGUUAAUCUGAGCGAGAUGAUGAUUCCUCUCACCUACAACAUAGUUCGUAGGGCUGCAUUUGGUAAGAGCUACAAUGAAGGAAGUGAAAAUGAGAAGAUGGAAAUUCAUGAAGUGCUUAAGGAGGUAGGAAUCAAUUUGGUGAGUUUCUUUGUUGCUGAUUAUUUGCCAUGGAUGUGGUGGGUUGAUGUGAUCACGGGGUUGCAUGGACGACAGGAGCGGUGUUUCUCUAAGUUGGAUGAUUUUUAUGAAAGACUCAUCAAUGAGCACCAGAAUCGGAAUAGGCUUGAAGCCGAGGAGGAUGACUUUGUGGAUGUGUUGCUUCGUGUACAGCAGAAAUUCCAUCUAACCAAAGAUCAAAUCAAGGGACUUAUUAUGGAUGUUUUGGUUGCUGGAACAGAAACAAGCUCGACUCUAGGGAUUUGGGCAAUGGCAGAGCUUAUGAGGAGCCCAAAAAUAAUGAAGAAAGCACAAGAUGAAGUUAGAAGAGUUGUUGGGAAUAAAGGAAAGGUGGAAGAAAGUGAUCUCCAUAAACUCGAAUACCUCAAGGAAAUUGCAAAAGAGACAAUGAGGUUACACCCUCCAGGUGCACUUCUUCUACCUCGAGAAGCCAUCGAGGAUUGUAAGAUCGACGGAUAUGAUGUUGCUGUGAAGACUAGGAUCUUUGUGAAUGCAUUCGCCAUUGGGAGAGACCCAGAUUCAUGGGAAAACCCAGAAGAAUUCUUCCCAGAGAGAUUCACAGGCAGCUCCAUUGAUUACAAAGGGCAAAAUUUUGAAUUCAUACCAUUUGGGGCAGGUCGGAGAGUUUGUCCCGGGAUGUAUUUCGGAUCCAUGAUUUAUGAACUCACCCUAGCGAAUCUUCUCUAUUCUUUUAAUUGGGAUUUUUCAGCUGGGAUGAAGAAAGAGGAUUUUGAUAUGGCUGAGGUAUUCGGGGCUGUGGUGCAGAAGAAACAUGAUCUUUAUCUUGUGCCCACCAAAUAUAGCAACUUUGGUUGACAAAAUAAAUCUAAAACUAGAUGUUUCUCAUUUACUUAAAUCAUCGAAUAAGUUAUGUACAGCCAUCCUUUUGCCGCCAACAUUUCAAAUAUGUAGUUUGUCAAAUACACACAAAACGUGGCCAUACAUUGAUUAUCAUUAGUGCUAAAAUUAGGCAAUGGUUCAUUGGGUGGGUCAUCCCAAUACAAUAAGUCAUCAUAGCAUCAGUUUUCUGGUGAAAUUUACAUUUUUGUACCAGGUAAUCAAUAUGGUGUGGUCCACCUUUUGUAUGGAUAGUAUAUUUUAUGUAUUCGACACGUUGGCAAGAAAAAAAAUAGGCAUUGGCAUUUAUUGUAUCUCAUAAUUUUCUUGUCAUUUUGUAUUAUGUGUGUCCAAGUGUU